AUGUCACCACCACACGCACAACCUCCUAAGGCGCCCCCUCCGCCCCAAACAUCCCGUUUCCGAGUCCUACCCCCCGAUCUAGCCAAAGCGCGCCGCACCACCCCUCAACCGCAACAACCACCGCAACAACCCCAACAGCCCCGAUCCCACCCCCGCCCUUCUUUCUUCAGCCACCUCCGCAACAGCUACGCCUCUCUCCCUCGUCCCUUUCGCUUCAUGGGCACCCUCCUCCCCCUCAUCCCCAUCGGCCUCUUCUUCUCCGAGCACGUAUGCCAAGUGAUGUGGGUACGCGGACCCAGCAUGACGCCGUAUCUGAAUGAAGACUACGACCAAAUGCAGACGAAGAGCGAUAUAGUUCUUGUGAACAUGUGGGGUGGGGGUGGAUUGUGGCCGUGGGAACGGAAGAGGAGGUUGGAGAGGGGGAUGGUGGUUACGUUUCGAUCCCCCGCGAACCCCCGCCACAUGGCCAUCAAGCGCAUUAUCGGAUUACCCGGAGACCAGAUCACCACAAGAGAGCCCUGUCUGAAGGAGUCGCAGAUUGUGCCGUAUAAUCAUGUAUGGUUAGAGGGUGAUGCGAAGGAUCCGAGGAAGACGCUGGAUAGUAAUUCGUACGGGCCGGUGAGUAUCAGUUUGAUUACGGGGAGGGUGAUGGCCGUGCUGCAUCCACAGUGGAGGUGGUUGGAUUGGUCGGGUUGGGAGAAUGGGGUGGUGGAAGGUGAUGUGGAGCGCAAGUUUGGGGAGGAUUAUAGACAGGAGGUGCGCGAUCGGGUGGUGAAAGAGGCGGUGAAGUUGGAGAGGCCGUUUUUGGAGUGA